GAACCAAAAUGUGCUACCCUCUCACCAUUAAUUCUCUCCUCGUUACCAAAAAUAUGGAGGCCACCUUAUCUUUCUUCUUUGCCACUAUCCUAGUACUAUCAACUUCCCGUGCUUCUCCCUCAUUUCCCUUCCAAAACCACCGUAUCCUCACGCACUCCGAUGGUGCUGCCACCUCGGCCACCAACCACCACCGCCACAAAAUUUCCUGCCCCAGUUGGCGUCUUGCCGUCGAAACGAACAACAUCAUUAAGUGGACACUAGUCCCCGAAGCAUGCGAGGACUAUGUUGCCAAUUAUAUGCUAGGCUCUCGUUACCAAGAAGAUUGCUUUGCAGUGACUUCCAUUGCUUUGGAAUAUGCCAAGAACCACACACUUGGUGCAGAUGGCAAAGACAUUUGGGUCUUUGACAUAGAUGAGACUGCACCCUCUGAAAUUGACUACUAUUCUCAACCUGAUGUUUCAUUUGGGGCAAAGAAAUUUAACGAGACGAAGAAGAAUGAGUAUCUUAAGGAAGCAAAAUCACCACCAUUGGCAGCUGUUCUUGAGCUAUACAACAAUUUACUGCCUCUAGGGUAUAAGAUAGUCUUCAUUUCAGGAACAUCUGAAUCUUACAGAGAGUACAGGGAAUCCGAAUGAAAGGAUUUAAUACAAACUUUGGUGCAGACAAACUUCGGAACAUGGCACAACAUCAGUUGUUUACAAAUCGAACAAGAGGACGGAGCUUGUUGAAGCAGGAUACAGAAUCAUCGGAAACAUGGGAGAUCAGUGGAGUGAUAUAUUGGGCUCCCAAGUCGGCGAUCGCACUUUCAAGCUUCCCAAUCCAAUGUACUACAUCUCUUGAAAAUGCCGGCGUUGUGAUCAUCAAACAUUCUACGUGGGGAGAAAAAUUAACUACUUUUGGAUUUUAAAAA